AUGGUGUGCGGAGGCUUCACGUGUUCCAAGAACGCGCUAUGCUCCUUGAACGUGGUCUACAUGCUGGUAGGCCUGCUGUUAAUCGGCGUGGCGGCGUGGGGGAAGGGCUUCGGCCUGGUGUCCAGCAUCCACAUCAUCGGCGGCGUCAUCGCCGUGGGCGUCUUCCUCCUACUUAUCGCCGUGGUGGGCCUCGUUGGAGCCGUGCGUCACCAUCAAGUCAUGCUUUUCUUCUAUAUGGUCAUUCUUUUCAUAGUCUUCCUCUUUCAAUUUGGAGUGUCCUGCUCCUGCCUGGCAAUGAACCGUGGCCAGCAGGUGAUGUUUCUGAACUCUGCGUGGGGAAUGCUGGAAAGUAAGACCAAAACAGACCUGGAGAGUCAGCUCAACUGCUGCGGCCUGCUCAACGUCACUGACCAACGUGAACGAUACGAGGAAGAUCUGCGAGACUGUCCCGCCCCGUGCAAGACGGCAACGACGAAAUGCUACACGUGCGGAGAUAUGAUGCUGCACCAUGCCAGCGAAGCUCUCAAGAUCCUCGGAGGAGUCGGCCUCUUUUUUAGCUUCACCGAGAUUUUGGGUGUUUGGCUGGCAGUCCGCUACAGGAACCAGAAGGACCCACGAGCCAACCCCAGCGCUUUCCUAUAA